UUUUUUAUUUUUUUCGUUACACAGGUAAACUCUUUAUAUAUUGCACUUUGUUUAUUACUUACAUUUUAUCCCCCAUUAUAUAUAUAUAUUUCUUUUUUGAUUUGAAUCUAAAAUUUCCUCACAAGAAAAUCCCCAGAAUCAAUUGCAAAAAGUUUACACUUGUUUUAAUUUGUGAUGUUUUAUUCUUUUAUAAAGGAAUUAUUGGUUUAUUUUACACUUAUAAUGUAUCAGUUUAAAAACCGAAUAACUUUGCCAAAAUGCAUUUAAAAAUCGGGCUUCUUCUACUACUUAUAGUUGUCUCUGUUGUGGCUCAGGAGCCGAAAUAUGUGUUUGCACAUUUUAUGGUUGGAUGUGCUGCUGCUAUGACACAAGAGGAUUGGAUGGCUGAUAUUAAAUUAGCUAAGCAAGCUAAUAUUGAUGCAUUUGCACUCAAUAUUGGAAGACAAGAUAGCUACACGGAUGCGGUGCUUUUCCGCGCAUAUGAAGCCGCAGCAGCUGUUGGAGAUUUUGGCUUGUUUAUAUCAUUUGACUAUCUUUCCGGCGGCCCAUGGCCAAUGGAUGUAGUCAUACAAACGAUCAACAAAUAUAGUGGUCACAGAUCACAAUUUAAAUACCACAACCAGCCUUUGGUAUCCACAUUUGAAGGGACCGACAAUAUCAAUGACUGGUAUGCAAUUAAAUCAGCUACUGGGUGUUUUUUGGUCCCGGAUUGGUCUAGUUUAGGGCUGGAAGGCUUACCGGGGGUGAUGAAUGUCAUUGAUGGAUUUUUCAGUUGGGAUGCAUGGCCGGUGGGUGCACAAUCAAAAUCUUCUGAUAAUGACAAUAAGUAUAUGUCAAUGCUUGGCCAGAAGCCAUACAUGAUGCCUGUUUCACCAUGGUUUUAUACAAACCUUGCACAAUGGGGGAAAAAUUGGCUGUGGCGUGGGGAUGAUCUGUGGCAUGAGCGUUGGAUGGAGGUAAUUGCGUUGCAGCCAGCAAUGGCUGAGAUCAUCAGCUGGAAUGACUACGGUGAAUCAAAUUACAUUGGCCCAAUUCGUCAACCUGGUAUUCCUCCGGGCGCUGAGUGGUAUGUUCUUGAAAACCCUCAUGAUGGCUGGCGACACCUUCUUCCAGCCUAUAUUGAUUUAUUCAAGUCCAACAAUGCAAGCAACCCUCUCGUCGACCAUCCCAGCCUUAGUGAUACAUUUUCCUAUUGGUAUAGGAGAAACCCUGGAAAGUCUGGGAGUGCUGAUGGGACAACAGGUAACAAUCCUGCAUUCGGCCAGCAACCUUUAGAUCCAGCGGUGGUGUCAGAGGAUAAAGUGUUUAUCACAGCUUUUGUUUCAGCACCUAGUGAGAUUGCUGUUAAAAUUGGACAAUCACGUACCACAAGCCUACAAGCAUCAUUUGCAGGAAUCAAUCAUAUGAAUGUUCCAUUCGGUGGGAAUACAGGGCCUGUGAAUAUAAAAAUAAUGAGAGAUGGGGUACAAAUAGCUGAUACAACAGGGCCUGAAAUCACAAAUGAUUGUUUUGAGGGGAAAGUCAUGUGGAAUGCAUUUGUUGGAUUGAGCUGUGAAUGAGGAUUGUUGAAUAAGAUUACUAAUAAGUUAGUUACUCUAAUUAAGUUAUCAUCAAAAUGUUUAAGUACAGAGACAAAAAUUCUCCAAUGUUUGUGACAUCCAAAUCAAAACAAAAAGCCCAGUGGAAUUUUGUUGACCAACAAAGGUGUAGAUAAUUCAGGGGUAAGAAUAUGGACUACUAUCAAAGUU